AUGGCGACCUACAUCACUUUGCCUAUUCUCAACGAGUCUAUUCGACUAGUUGAGGACGACCCCGCAAGCGGGAAUUCCGUGAAAGCAAUGGCUUCCGGAAUUCUUAACUACUACUUUCCCACCACCGACGGGGGCUUCACUGAUCAUACGGUUGUUCAAGCUUCAAGCACUGGCGUUAGUGCAUUGCCCGACUCCUCUUUGGACCGACUGCAAGAUGCUCUUGAGAAUGCCAACACCGAAUUUGAAAGACGUUGGGCAUUGAUCAUUCAUGGCCCUAUUUUCUACUUCUACAAGUAUCAUCCAAGCUUACCUGUGCACUCGCGCCUGGUUCCUUAA